ACCAUAAUACAGAAAUUUACUUGCUAUUCAAGUUAUGACUCUACAUUAACCUAUAAGACACAGAACUCAUAAAUUCCCAAGUCAUAUAGAAGGAAAAUAAAUACAUUCAAGGGAAGACACAAUAGAUGAAUGAAAACAAGCAUUACAGAGACUACUAGAUCUACAGAGACUAGAUCUUAGAAUUAUUUCAGCAGGUUGUGGCUAUUGUGACCUAGUUUCAGUUACAGUAUAUACCCAGCACAUAAUUGUGAAUAUAGUUCCCUGUUAGUCAUUGUCAUUAUUGUCAUCAAAAUAGUCAUUAUUGAUUUUCUUACAUUUACUUUACUACGGUAAUUUACUAUGAAAUGUUGGCUGAAGGUACUGCACCAACUAUUGCAAAGCAAAUUAGUCUCUGUACUUUUCUUAGAACUUGGAAGAAAAUAAGCACGUCUGUGUGUGUUUCUGUUUGUGUUGCAGAGUGUCAGGCCUUGAAAGGAGACCACGUGCUCCUCCGACCAGGCUAUCGUUAUGGUUCUGUUAGCAGUCGCUACAGCCGGUGCCCAGCAAAGCCAUCAUAUCCUCUGUGUUCAGAUGACCAAUGGACUGAGAAAUGUCCGUCUGGCUGUCGGCUGGACGGUCUGAUAGAUGCCACACAAACGGACUUCCACAGACGCCUGGGGCAGGUCUGCUCACAGGCUCAGACGCACCAGAGGGCCAUCUCCUCAGCCAUGCUGAUGACCACAGCCAUCUACAAUGCCCACCGCAGGAUCAUUGUCAAGAACUAUGUUGCUGAGCUGAGAUAUGCAGAGAGGUUUGAAGACCUUCAGAGGAACCUGACGCUACUGCAGAGACGUUCCACAGAGCUCUCCAGAAAACUGCACAAGAUACACAGCCUCGUACAGCAGCAGAUUAUUGACAUGCAACGGAUGGAGGUGGACAUUGACAUCAAACUUCGAGCCUGUCAUGGGUCGUGCAAACACACCUUUGUCCAUCACAUCGACCAUGACGCCUACACAGACAUGGAGAGGGAGCUAGCCAAAUUUAACCCCUUGACUACCAAAAAAGCCUUGUUCCCUGCGGACAUAAGGAAGCUCGUCCUCCAGCCUGUGCUCCGUCCUCCCAACUCCCACUCCUACAGAAGCAUCCCAACAGUACGCAAGGAGUUCCUAACACAGUUCGAGGACAUCGACUUAAACCAAAUCGUUUUAGAGGAACUUUUCAAUGACUUUGACUUGGAGGACUGAAAAUCAGAUUUUCCCAGCAGUUAGACAAAAGUUUACUACCUCAUAAAUUACUGCAUUGUUUGCAUCAAAGAUAUCUUCAUAAUCAAGCCAUUGGCCAUUGUCUGUUAGCACACCAUCUUUAUUUAUGUCAUUUGUUUACUGUAGAGGUAUAAUGGUGCAUUGCACAUGUUUAGGGACAGACUUGAAUAGCUGAGCCAUAUUGCUGCAAGUGCAUAUAGUCUGAUGUAUGUUCACUGAUGUCCACGGACCUGAAUAUGAAUACAUGUAUGUUUGCCAAAUUUGUUGACAAUGAGAAAUUGAUAUUAUGCCCAGGGUUUGUGUGUUCUGUGCAUUUUUCAUGAUCUCACAGAUCUCUAGAUUUUGACUAAAGCUCUAGACAGAAAGAGCCAGUCUGAGCUGGUGUGCCACUGCACUGGUCAUGGGCUGAUGGGACCGUGGAACUAA